GCGGGUGGGGGAGCAGAGCGCCUCCGGCGGGCAGAGCCGGGGGAACCCCAGGCUGGCCGAGCAGCAGCAGCCGCCGCCCACUCCCGUCUUCCUCCUCCUCAGUCUUCUCUCUCCCUCGCCCCUGUCUUGACGUGCAGCCCCGGGCAAAGCCCGAGCCCCGAGGAGAGCGCCCCCAUGGCCGCAGCCAAGGCCGAGAUGCAGCUCCUGCCCUCGCUGCAGAUGGCCGAUCCCUUCAGCUCCUUCCCGCACUCGCCCCCCACCAUGGACGCCCACUACCCCAAGCUGGAGGAGAUCAUGCUGCUGGCGAGCGGGGCCCCCCAGUUCCUCAGCUCCGCCGGGGGCCCCGAGAGCGGCGGAGGCAACGGCGGCGGCUUCAACCCCGCCGGCGAAGGAGGGGAGCAGAGCUACGAGCAUCUGGCGGGGGGCGCCGCCGUCGCCGCUUCACCUCUGGCCGCCUACAGCGCCUCGCAGCCCCCCUACCCCUCGCCGCCCCCCGCCUCCUAUUCGCCUCCGGUGACGACCUAUUCGCCCCCCGUGACCUCAUACUCCUCGCCCGUGACGUCACCCUUCCCCUCCUUCCCCUCCUCCUCCUCGGUGGCCACCAGCUACGCUUCCAUCGCCGCCUCCACCUUCCAAAGCCAGGCGGCCGCCACCCCUUUCCCCUCGCCGGGAGGCCUCGCCAGCCCUUUCAGCUCCCAAGUGACUUCGGCACUGUCCGACCUGGCCUCCACCUUCUCGCCGCGGACAAUCGAGAUCUGUUGAGUGGGAAAGAGGGCAGAGCCGGCCGGCCAGCCAGCGCGGGAGACCCUCUCCCGAGUGGGGGACGGGGUGCGGACUAGGAAUCUUCCCGCUGGUCCUCCCAGCAGCAGACCUCGGGGCUGGGGUGGGGAGCGGGGCAGAGGCGACACUGGCCAGGCGCGCCCAUCCCGGCUUUCCAGCAGCCACCGAGGUCCUGGGACUUUCCUUUUAACUUCAACUGCCUGGAAAAAGAAAACACCAACCACAGUAACUUCACCCCAUCGGAGUUCCUCUGCUUCUGUCCAAGGACUUGAUUUGCAUGGGCGACGGUUAUCUCCUUUCAUUAUGAUUCUCUCCCCCCCCCCUCCGCCGCGAUUCAUUAGGAAGCAAGGGACUUUGGCAUCCAUGCCCAGACAAUGUAUAUUGUAAAUGUGCCAUGACUUUGCUUUCCUUCUGGGUUCUUGACGUGGAAACCUCCUUGCAUUUCUCAUAUCGCAUUAUUUGGAGUACGAAGGGCCAUCUUUUUGUAUAUGGUAAAUUUUUGCUCGUUUAGUGAUGACGAAGCUGUAAUGAGUUUUACAACUUGUUCGGGGGAGGGGGGGCAAGGGAGAAAAACAAUCAGCACUUAACUAUGUAUUUGAGCAUGUCAAGAGUGUGAUGUUCUUUGUAAAUAUCACCUUGAGGAUGAAACACUCUCUCACGUGGCAAAAAGUUUUUGUUUGGGUUUUUUUUCCUUUCAAGUCCCAAGUCUUGGUGCCUUGUUGUGAAGCUCUGCUGACGUCAUGCAUUUGUGUGAUUGGAUGCGUUGCAUCUAGCCUUAAGGUAAAAGGGAAAGUGUGGGAAGGGAACUCAGGCUCAGAAACAAAACAAAAUAAAAGUGGGGGGAGGAGCCGGAGGACAGAAUGUAAAGCAAAAAAACAAAAAAACAAAAAAAAUCGAACUUCUCAAAAGUCUAUUUUUGUUACAGAAGUGUAAAUUUAUAAAUAUAUUCAGGAGUUGGAAUGUUGUAGUUACCUACUGAGUAGGCGGCAAUUUUUGUAUGUUAUGAACAUGCGGUUCAUUAUUUUUGUGGUUUUAUUUUUGACUUUGUACUUGUGUUUGUUUAAACAAAAGUGACUGUUUGGCUUAUAAACACAUUUGAAUGCGCUUUACUGCCAAUGGGAUAUUUGGUGUACAAUGCCCUACAGACAAGUCAAUAAAAUAUCGAGAGA